AUCCAAUAGAGUUUUAGAAAUAAUUUACUCCAACUCCAUGAACUAAUGUUUUUAAUUAUUCUCUGCAACCCAUCAAUAAAUCUCGAUCCACGUGAAAUUGCGAACCAAUCCGGGCAAGUUGUUGUAAUUCGGCAAUACCAGAUACGAUACGCACACAGAACCAGAAAUUGUUUAUAUUUCAAUGUCAUGUCGGCUAACGUACGAUCUCUUAUCUCCCAAACCCCCUUCAUUCAGUAUAUAUUUGGAUGAAACCAAAUGCUAUUUUGUGCAAUAUGUAUGUAUCAUGGCUGAGAGUGAGGGAUUCCAAAAGUUCUUUGAGUUUUGGCUUGUUGAGCAAAAACGAGACCUCGAACAGCUUGUAUCUGCCGUUAAGACUCACCGUCAAGACGGCAGAAGCAGUACUAAUCAAGCUGGCGAGGACAACCACAACCACAAUCACCUGCGUCCUCUCAUUCAACGUGUGCUCAAUCACUACGAGCAUUAUUACAAAGUUAAGUCCAGAUACGAGAAGCGGGACAUCAUAGCAAUGUUAACCCCCUCGUGGAGGAGCAAAAUGGAGGACGCUUUCAUGUGGAUCGGGGGAUGGAGGCCUUCUAUGGCUUUCCAUCUUCUCUACUCCAAGUCCGGCCUACAGCUCGAGCCAAGGCUCUCAGAGCUACUCAGUGGUCUCAGGACAGGUGACUUGGGAGACCUUUCCCCUGAUCAACUCACCCUCGUAGACGAGUUGCAGAGGAAGACGAUAAGGGAAGAGAAUGAGCUGGUCGAGAAGCACGCCCAGGUGCAGGAGUCGGUGGCGGACGCUUCCAUGGUCGAGUGGUCACACAUGGUGACCGAGUUAACAAGGGCUGGUGACGAAACAAUGGAGGAACAUGGACUCCGGGAUGAACAAGUUGCUUCCGCUCUGGCACCCAAGGAGAAAGCAAUGGUAGACAUCCUUCAGAAGGCUGAUGAUCUUCGACUCAGUACGCUCAAGGAAAUGGUUAACAUUCUAAACUUAAUCCAGGCUGCACAUUUCUUGAUUGCUGCUGCCGAGCUGCACUUGAGAUUUCACGAAUGGGGUAUGAAGAGGGACGCCGCGGCGCACCACCACGCUUGACCAGGUGAUCGAGGUGGCCCCUUUUUGGAGCAAGAUUCACCAGUCACCACGCAACAAUGCUCCACAACUUAAGACAAUACCAAUGCUCAUCAUACUCAAUAAAACUUACCACCCAUUUUGAUUCUACUAAAUACAAUUGCCACCCAUCAAAAUACAAGUGUAUUGGUGCAAUAUAGAAGUGGUGUACUAAUUAUGUUUACUAUAUAGUGAGGUGCAACGACAAUAAUGGCAGAGAAAGGCACGCAAUUUCUGCAUCUAAGAAGGGAUCAGAGUAUAUUGAUUCUAGAUUAAACGAGACUUACACGUUCACAGUUCACAGUUAUGAGCUAACUAAAACACCCUCAGAUCAAAAACUAAAUAACAUCUUAUUCAUAGGAAUAGGAAAGUAAAAGCCACAACAGAAGAAAAAAAAAAAAAAAA